GCCGGCCACUGACGACAGAGAUGAGCGCCUCACCCUUCCACGGGAGGCCCUUCGUCUUCCGCGUCAACGACAACGGCGGCGGCCCGCACCUGCUGCUGCAGGUGUGCGUGGAGCGCGGCUGGCGCGAGUACAACUCUGAAGCCGGAGGGGGCGUGCCGCGCGACACGUGGAACCUGUGGUGGCGCACGUCUGGCUUCCCUCUGUCCCACUACAAGCAGCUCAAGGCCUGGCAGUUCACCAACCACAUACCGAAGGGCUCCAUGAUUUGCCGGAAGGACAACCUGGCUCGGUACCUGCGCUGCAUGAGGAAGGUUUACGGCCCCAUCUACGAUUUCAGCCCACUGGGAUACAACCUGCCACUGGAGUACACCAAGCUGGUGGCAGAGUGCACGCGCCAGAGGCGGAACCGCGAGUCCUCCGUCUGGAUCUGCAAGCCCGUCUCGCAGAGCCAGGGCCGCGGCAUCUUCCUCUUCAGGAAGGUGAGCGAGCUGACGUACGACUCGAACGCCGUGGUGCAGCAGUACAUCGAGAACCCGCUGCUGAUCGGCGGCUACAAGUUCGACCUCCGGCUGUACGUGUGCAUCCCGUCGUACCACCCGCUCACCGUCUACCUGUACCGCGAGGGCCUCGCCCGCUUCGGCACCGACAAGUUCUCGCUCAGUGACCUCGACAACCCCUUCCGCCAUCUCACCAACAGUUCGCUCAACAAGCUGGGCCGCGGCUACACGCAGAAGAAGGACAGGGUUGGUGCAGGCUGCAAGUGGUCACUGCGGCAGCUGCGGCACUACCUCCACCAGGCGGGCCACUCGGACUGGUUGCUGUGGCAGAAGGUGACCGCGCUCGUCGUGCUCACCGUGCUGAGCCACAGCCCGUCCGUGCCCACCACCGCCAACUGCUUCGAGUUCUACGGCUUCGACGUCCUCGUAGACUCCUCCCUCCGGCCCUGGCUUCUCGAGGUGAACCUGAGUCCCGCGCUGGGCAACGACUGCGACGUGGACGCGGCGGUGAAGAAGCCGAUGCUUCACGACAUGUUCGACCUGCUAGGACUGCCCGUCUGCAACACGGGGCUGUCGCUGUUCGCCGUGUUCAGCGUGGCGCCGGCGGAGGCGGACGCCGGGGGCCGGCGGGGGCCCGGCUCCGCCAUCGCCGUCGUCACCGCCGCCAGCAGGUGGAAGCGGCGCCACCUGCUGGUGAGGGAGUCAUCGGCAGGCGUCGGCGGCCCGCGGGCGCGCAAGAAGAGCGCGGGGGCGUCCCCGUCCCCCGGUGCGCUGGUGGCAGGUGCGGGGGCGGUUGCCGGCCGCAAGGCGCACAUUGGGCGCGCCUGCACGCCGCCCCCGCGAGCCGCCUCGGGCCACGCCCUGCUCGUCGGCGGCCCCGACUGCACCUCAGAGUUCGGACCCGGAAGCGAGGCCUCCGACGACGCCUGGGCAUGCUGCUGCUACACCCAGGGGCUCCGCAGUGGCGGGCGCUGCUACAGCGGUCGUGCGGCGGACCGCGCCGCCUCCGCCGCCUCCGCAGCCGCGUCCGCCCCCACCGCCAUGUGGGGCAACGGGCGCGACUGGCGGCGGCCGCCCGCCUCCGAGGGCGCCUGGGUGCGCCUCUGCCCGUUGGACGACCGCGCUGCCGCCUCCGCCGCCCCCAGCGCCGCCUCCACGCCUGCCCGCGCCCCUUCCCCUGGGCCGCCAUCUGUUGGUGACAGAGAGGUUCGCGACGUCGUUGCUGCCGUCACCCGCUACGUCAAAGCAGCGCGAGACAUCUACCGCCGAAGUCCACAGCUCUCCGACGCCGACUACAGCGCUGCCAUGCGGGAUGCGCUCGCCAUUAGUGCCGAAAUCUGGGUGCCGCCUUGUUAGUGCCGAUGACCGGAAAGCAAUCAGCCAAAAGCGUUAAUAUUUAAAAGAAAAACGUUAAGAGUGUUCAGUAAAAAAGUGUAAUGAAUUACACUUUUUACCAGGUUUAAGUGAAGGUGUGACUCUAACUCAAAUUCAAGAAGCAAAGAGAGUAUACUAGGUUAAUCAUUUAAAACUGCCACCUUUGAAUAUUUUUCGAGUGGGAAGUGCAGUUAACAAAAUGAAAACAGACACAUUCAGAUACUCAUACAGCUACACUAUAAAGUUAUUCCAACCCUGGUGGAAGAAGGUAGUUUAUAACGGUUUUAAAUAACCUAUAAGACAUAUAAAGCCCAAGUAUUGAGGAAAAUUAAAAAUGUACUGGCUGUAUCUUCAUUAAUCAACAGUUGACUAUAAUGCCCCAGAAUCUCAAAAUUCAUUUUCUAGCUUAGUUAGUGAUAUGGAACACAUUCUUUUAUGUUCUAGUUCAACAGCAGGAACGAGACACUGGUGGCUUAUCAGGGUUACAUUUCUUAUUUACAUGGGGAAUAUGCAUGUGUAAGAAAUGUUUUUCUAGUGCUGAUCGUGUCAACGAAGUUUAUGUUAAAAGCUGUGUGAGACUAUAAGCAGGAGAACUUGAAAAUUUCUGUAUAUUGCCCACAAUACAAUUAGUGAAAUAGAGUAAUGUCAUUCGGAGAGGUGAGAAAUCACUUUCCGGACUUCAGAAGAAUAGAAAAGAAAACAUGACAUGCAAACAAAUAAAAUUAUUUUAUUUCCCAA